AAAAAAAUUGUCAAUGAUUUCAAGAAACAAAUGAACUUCCUGGCCGAAUCGGACAUUUCAUUCGAAAACUAAGUUUUAAAUAUUUUUCAACAUAUACAUUUGAUCAAUCGUACACAAAAUAUUCACAUCAUAACCCAUGGAAUAAGCGUAAAAUUAGAUAUGUUACCUGGAAAUCUAGCAAGAUUUGGUCUCGGUCUGCCAUUUCUGCUUUUUGAUAUACGCAUGCGCCAACAUUUUAUUUCCGUUUCCUGUUUCUCUACCGACAAAGUUUUCUUCACUACAUUUCGUACAUACUAGUGUACUAAGCUAAAAUGGCAAUGGCAUAUAUGUCACAUGUUAACAAGGCAUUGGAGACUGUUACAAAAGUGCAGACAUACAUCAUGGCAGGAACAGAGCAUACUACUGAUGUUGCGUUAGAUGUGGUUGAACAUGAAAAAGAUUCAGAGAGUGGAACAAUGAAAGUGGACAAACUAAGAGAGAUAAUGUUGGAUUACAAUCGUAUGGACAGAGAUAUUCAACAAUUCCUUGAGGCAGUUGACUUUGUUAAAGAGAAGAUUGCCAAUGAGGACUGCUCCAACUAUGAGGACUUGUUAGAUACUAAAUUGAAAGAGUUACAGAGAAACAACAAAGAUGAAACAUUGAAACAACAUGAGAAAUAUGUGGAGUUCAAUCAGAAGAUCUUGCAGGAGUUAAAUGGAGAUGUAGCUGAUCCUGUGAUGCCAGGCCCAUCCACUUUAACAGAGGAUGACGACAUUGAAAUGACCCAGCAGGAUAUAAACACAAAAUGUCCAUAUACCUUGAAAGAAAUGGUUCAACCAGUAUCCAACAUUCAUUGUAAGCAUACCUAUGACAAGAAAGGAAUCGAGGAAUACAUCAAACAUAAAAAGAACAGAGCCAAAUGCCCUGUGGCUGGUUGCGCAAAUCCCAACCCUGUGAGAAUAAGUGACCUUGCAGAUAACACUGCAUUAAGGAGAUAUAUUGAUCGUAAAAACAGGAAGGCGGGGGCAAAACACACAUAGUUGUUCUCUCCUACUCAUACCAUCAUCGUAUAGUGACCUUUAUACUGUGAACAUUUCCAAGGAUUGUUGUAUGUUGUGAAAAGGCAGGUGAUGAUGAGGGUGUGUACAUGUACAUUGUACAGUUAUAACAAAAGGAUGUUCCAUAUCAAAGAAACUGAAUGCUAUGGAGUUUCAGGAACAGCAUAUAUGGUUGUUUAGGGAACAAGGGAACAGCAUAUAGAAGUUUAGGGAACAGCAUUUAUGAGAGUUUGGAGAACAGCAUAUAUCUGAAUGUAGGGCACAGCAAUAUGUAUGAGUUUAGGGAACAGCAUAUAUGUGAGUUAAGGUAACAG